AUGACGCAAGUGCCGGUGUCCCAGAGCAUCUAUGAGUUCACGAUGGGCAGUGGGCGCGGCAAUCCUGUCGUGUACCUGGAUAUCGCGAUCGGAAACGACCCGUUGCGGCGUCUGCGCUUUGAGCUGUUCUAUCCACAGCUCCCCAUCACAGUUGAAAACUUUCGACAGCUCUGCACGGGUGAAGGCAAAGACAAGGCCCGCAAAAAGAUGCUUUGGUACAAAGGGUCCAACAUCCAUCGAGUCGUCCCGGGCUUCAUGAUGCAAGGAGGCGACAUCACUCACGGCAACGGCAUCGGGGGGUCGUCGGCAAGCUCCCGGAUGUUCGACGAUGAGGGGUUCAUGUUCAAGCACAUGCGCGGGACGCUCUCGAUGGCCCAUCAAGCCAACACGAACAAGUCCCAAUUCUUUGUCUGUUUCCGCGAUUGCGGAUGGCUGAAUGGCAAACAUGUAGCAUUUGGCCAGGUCAUCGCGGAAGAUUUGGUCUACUUGAAACACUUUGAAGACGUCGGGUCGUCGACCGGCCUUCCGCUCAAGCCGAUUGCGAUUGUUCACGCAGGGCAGCUUUGUGGGAUAAACUUUGCCGAUGCCACGGAUAUGGCCCAGCCUGGGGACGAAAACGACGGCAGCAACGAGGACGCGGCACUUUGA